AUGGGACAGACACUAAGUGAACCAGUGGUGGAAAAGGUGCGUUUUGCGCCCAGGGGAGCGUGGAUGAUGAUCAUGGUACAGCAGCGGGAGAUGGGCGAAGUGCAGCGCAUGGGUACUUGGCUAGUCGCAUACAAGGCGCUUGCAGUGAUCAGCAGAUGCUUGCUACAUCUUCAAUCACAGCUCAGGACGCAUUUGCGCACUUCUGCGCACUCAGCACGUUUGUUGGUACCAUUACAUGACUAAUGCUUUGCACCUGGUCACGUAAUCUGCAGCAUACCCAAACCGGCGAGGAUGACACCUUGAUAUACGGAGUGUCGGAGAUGCAAGGAUGGAGAAUCAGUACGUAGCACGAGUGGUCUUGGGGUUCUGCGUGGGCUUGCUUUGGGCUGAUGCCAAACAUUGCUCUUGCAGGCAUGGAGGAUGCACACGCUACUAUACUCUCGCUGGACCCGUCUCUGAAGGGCGACGAGAAGGCAUCAUUCUUUGCAGUGUACGAUGGACACGGAGGCUCCACAGUAGCCAAAUACAGUGGUGAGACCGUCCACCAACGCCUGGCAAAGACGGACGAAUUUCAGCGCGGUCAAUACGAAGCUGCCCUGAAACGCGCAUUCUUGGGCACUGAUGAGGACCUUAAGAGCAGUAAGUGACAGUUUUAUACGGUUCCUUUGAGGAUUUGUAGCUUGACGCUCGUCCUCUGCCAGACAAAGAAUUUGCAUUCGAUCCAUCUGGCUGCACGGCUGUCGCUGCUCUUCUCGUCGCUGGUCCCCCGAGUCAGGGUCAAGAAACUGCAAAGCCAAACGUACCACGCCGUAUCAUUGUCGCCAAUGCGGGAGACUCGCGAAGCAUCCUGAGCUACAGAGGGGAGGCCAAACCGAUGAGCUUUGAUCACAAACCGCAGAACAAGAGUGAGCAGCUUCUGCAUCAGAGCGUGCAAUGGCUACUGAAGGGUUGACACGCUCUUCUUCCUCAUGCAUCCCGUAGACGAGCUUUCUCGCAUCAAUAUGGCUGGCGGCUUCGUCGAAUUUGGUCGCGUGAAUGGCAAUUUGGCGCUUUCCCGAGCCAUUGGAGACUUUGAAUUCAAGCAGAAUUACUCGCUGCCACCUGAGGAACAGAUCGUCACAGCCGACCCAGAGAUCAUCUCGCAUGAUGUGGACGGAGAGGAAGAAUUCUUGGUGCUGGCUUGCGACGGAAUUUGGGACUGUCUCAGCAGCCAGGAAGUGGCAGAUUUCGUAAGAAGGCGCAUCGCCGAAGGCAAAGAGCUCAAAGACAUUUGCGAGGAGGCCAUGGAUAGAUGCCUUGCACACGACCCGGAUGUUGGAGGUGUCGGCUGCGAUAAUGUGAGUUGCGGGUAGGAUGAAUACGUCGAGUUGCGGGCAGGAUGAAUACGUCGAGUGGAGCACUGAAGAAUGCUACCUCAUCGUGGGCCAGAUGACGAUUUGCGUCGUGGCACUUCUCGGUGGGCGUUCAAAGGAGGACUGGUAUUCUUGGGUCAAGGACCGGGUCGAAAAGAAAAUUGGUUGGGAUACGCCUCUAGAGCCGGCAGAUCCACUCAACACCCUCAACAGGUCAAACCAAGGUGGUGCUGGUAGCUCUGGCGGCGGUCUCUCCAUGGGGCGACUUGGCGCCAUGGGCGGUGGGUCUGUAUUGUCCGCUCUGGCCGGCGGCCUCAACGCUGGUGAUGACGAUGAUGAGCGACCUGGCUCGCUUAGACUCCCUGGUGGGCUUGCUGGGGCCCUUGGCGGAGCGGGCAUCGUCUUUAGACCGGGGAAUCAAACCGACGAUGACGGGGACGUCAUCUAUGAAGCACACGUGGUCAAUUCGGACUCGGACGAGUCCGAAGAGUCGAACAACGCACCGAGUAGCAAGGACGCCGCCAAGAUCGAAGAACUGUCGGAGGCAGGCUCAGAGGAGGCAGAGAAGAGAAGUCAGCAAGGUCAAGAGGGACGACCCGACCUGACUCAUCAACCCGAAAUCGUCGAAUCUCCUCAAGAAGGUGCCGCUGCUGCGUCCUCUGCCGGGAGCAAGACCGCCGCCGCCGCAGGCCAGGCUUCUGCUGCAAAUGUGGAAGUUAGGUCAAGUACUGAAGGGACCGUCCAGGAGGACAAGGAUGCCAGCUCGACUUGA